ACCGAACACGGCGUCGCCCGAGUUUCCCGGAUGCAGUUGGAGGAGCGGCGGCGGCGGUGGGCGCAGCGGGGGGAGGAGGCAGCGGCAGCGGCGGAGGAGUCUGAGCUCCUCAGUGUCUCAGAGUGUGCGGGGCCGAGCUGUGGCGUGUCCCCUUCCGCUGUGCGGAGCGGAGAUGGGCCCGUGAGCGCUGCUCCCAGCUGAGCUGCCUGAGCCGCCCCCUCCCUCCCUCCCCUUCCCUGUCCCGGUCGGUGGUGAGGCGGAGCGCUGCCUCCCCCUCCUCCCCCCUCGGCGCCUGUGGCCCGGCCGCGGCCGUCCCCUCCUGGUCCCCUCACAUUCACACACACAGGCCGGGCAUUGAUGGUAAUGUAUGCGAGGAAACAGCAGAGACUCAGUGAUGGCUGUCACGACCGCAGGGGGGACUCCCAGCCCUACCAGACUCUUAAAUACUCAUCAAAGAGUCACCCCAGUGGUGGUGAUCACCGUCAUGACAAGAUGCGAGACACCGCAGAUCCUUCACCACCAAAUAAAAUGUUGCGACGGUCUGAUAGCCCUGAAAACAAAUAUAGUGACAGCACAGGGCACAGUAAAGCAAAAAGUGUGCAUACUCACAGAGUUAGAGAGAGGGAUGGAGGGACCAGUUACUCUCCACAAGAAAAUUCACAUAACCACAGUGCUCUUCAUAGUUCAAAUUCACAUUCUUCUAAUCCAAGCAAUAAUCCAAGUAAAACUUCAGAUGCAUCCUAUGAUUCUGCGGAUGACUGGUCUGAGCACAUCAGCUCUUCUGGGAAAAAAUACUACUAUAACUGCCGAACAGAAGUUUCACAAUGGGAAAAACCAAAAGAGUGGCUUGAAAGAGAGCAGAGACAAAAAGAAGCAAGCAAAAUAUCAGUUAACAGUUUCCCAAAAGAUAGGGACUACAGAAGAGAGGUGAUGCAGGCAACAGCUGCCAGCGGGUUCACCAGUGGAAUGGAAGACAAGCAUUCCAGUGAUGCCAGUAGUAUACUCCCUCAGAAUAUUUUGUCUCAGACAAGCAGACACAAUGACAGAGACUACAGACUGCCAAGAGCAGAGACUCAUAGUAGUUCUACUCCAGUACAACAUCCCAUCAAACCAGUGGUUCAUCCAACUGCUACCCCUAGCACUGUUCCUCCUACUCCAUUUUCUCUACAAUCUGAUCACCAGCCAAAGAAAUCCUUUGAUGCUAAUGGAGCAUCUACUUUAUCAAAACUGCCUACACCCACAUCUUCCAUCCCUUCACAGAAAACAGAGAGAAAAGAGUCUGCAUCUGUGGAUAAGUCUGUAUCCCAUUCUUGCACAACUCCUUCCACAUCUGCUUCUGGACUGAAUCCAACUUCUGCACCUGCUACUUCUACAGUCCCAGUCUCACCUGUCCCACAAUCACCAAUUCCUCCAUUACUUCAGGACCCAAAUCUCCUUCGACAACUGCUGCCUGCUCUUCAAGCCACCCUGCAGCUUAAUAAUUCUAGUGUAGAUAUAUCCAAAAUAAAUGAAGUUCUUACAGCAGCUGUAACACAAGCCUCUCUGCAGUCUAUACUCCAUAAGAUUCUUACUGCUGGACCAUCUGCUUUCAAUAUUACUUCUCUGAUUUCUCAAGCUGCACAAUUGUCUGCUCAAGCUCAGCCAUCUAAUCAGUCUCCAAUGUCUUUAACAUCGGAUGCCUCAUCACCAAGGUCAUAUGUUUCUCCAAGAAUAAGCACGCCUCAAACCAAUGCAGUUCCUUUGAAACCUUUGAUGAAUACACCCCCUGUAUCAUCACAGUCAAAGGUUACUACUCCAGGUGUUAAGCAAGGACCAGCUUCACAGUCAACACCUCAGCAGUCGGUAAUAGCUGACAAGCAGGCAGGUCAUGAGCCCGCCUCUCCUCGAAGUCUUCAGCGCUCGAGUAGUCAGAGAAGUCCAUCACCAGCUCCAAAUCAUACCUCCAGCACUAGUGCAUCAAAUUCAGCGACUGCACCACAGAAUGCGUCUGUUCGGCCUACAUGUUCAUUAACACCUACACUAGCAGCACACUUCAAUGAAAAUCUUAUAAAACAUGUUCAAGGCUGGCCUGCAGAUCAUGCAGAAAAGCAGGCAUCGAGAUUACGUGAAGAAGCCCAUAAUAUGGGAAGUGUUCAUAUGUCAGAAAUUUGUACUGAAUUAAAAAAUUUAAGAUCUUUAGUUCGAGUAUGUGAAAUUCAAGCUACGUUGCGUGAGCAAAGGAUACUAUUUUUGAGGCAACAAAUUAAAGAACUUGAAAAGCUAAAGAAUCAGAAUUCCUUCAUGGUGUGAAAAGUUGUGAAUAAUUGCACAUGGUUUUGAGUACAGGAACUGUAAAACUGAUUGCCCAGUCUUAACAUUUUUGAGCUGCAUUUGAGUAGACUUUGGACCGUUGAGCUGGGCAAAAGAGAUGACAAGGGGAAGGGGACAGGAGGGAGUCAAUUCAAGGGGAAAGAUACAAGAAUGACUUAAGAAACCCUUGAAAUGUAGAUUUCUUGUAGAUGUAUUCUUCACGUUGUAAAUAUGUUUUGUAGAGUGAAGCCAUGGGAAAGCCAUGUGUAUCAGAGCUUAGACAUCCAAAACUAAUCAAUGCUGAGGUGGCUAAAUACCUAGCCUUUUACAUGUAAACCUGUCUGCAAAAUUAGCUUUCUUUUUUAGUUAAUUUAUCAUUCAGAAAUCUUGCAUUUCCUAAAAUUCAAUGUGAGCGCCAGGCGAUCUGUAUGUAAGGCUGCAACAAUUUGGAACAGUUUGGGUAAUGUACAAAAUAUCAUGAAACAACUGUUUCCACACUUGCACCGAAUCAAGAGCAGUGCUUCUCCAUUUCUGUUUUACAGAGAAACAUUUUUCAUUUUCAGUGUUCCAUUUCCCACCCACCUGAAACCUUAAAUCUGAUUUUACCAGUUUUUUUUAAUGCUUCUAAUUUUCUCCUUUUAAGGCACUGUUGCUAUGGCACUUUUUCUAUAAUCUUUUCAUUCCUGUGUACAGUAGUUUAAAAUUGCAGUGAUUGAACAUAAUCCACUGUUUGUAUAAAUUAUUGAAACGUAUUUCCAUUUGCACCCUGUAAGAAUGGUCUUAUAGUACUGCUGGGCAUGUGUGCUGAAAGUACAUUACUUGCUCAAAUAUAAGGAAAUAGCCCAAUGAACAUGUUAACAUGGUUGUGGGAGGGGAAAGAGGAAAAAGGUAGUCAGAUGUGAAUUGUAUUUGUUGUAAUAAACAUGUUAAAACAACGAAAUACUGGUUUUCAUUUCCUUUGGUCAAUGCAUAUUAGAAUUUGGUCUAUUUGGAGAUUCUUUAUCCGAACUAUUCUUGUUAAACAUUUUUGUACUUAAUUGAAAUAAUUUCUCAAGGGAGGUUUUGUUUAAAAGUUGUAAACAAGAAAUUGUGUAUAAAAUAUUUAAUUAAAUAUGAAAUUCAACAAGGAUGAUUAAGAUACCUCCCCAACAGUUGUCAUAUGUUAACUCCUGGUUUACCUGUCUUGCUAUUAUGACAUUUCAUUUCAAAGGAUGUUUGUGUUGUAGCUAACUGUUCAAGUCUGGUGCUGACUGCUGUUCUUAGCCAUCACAAAACGCUGAAUUUGUGUAAUUGGAGCAACCCACUGUUUGAAAAUGGUGGAAAAGCUCAGCUUUGUAUAUUGUUUCCUAAAGUAUAUUAAAAAUAAAAAAAGAAACUAUUGCUACUA